CGGCAACUUGUUUAGAAGCAUGCGCUGCAUGGCGUGGCAACGAUGCUCUGGACAAGGGUGAUAACACAUUCCGGUGUUGCAUUGUCCUGGAUCAGCAGAAGCCCAAGAAAGCACCAACAAAACAUUGCGGGCCCGACUCCGUUGCCGUUUUGGCUCAACUCAUUUUGGGUCAUGUGUUGGCUCGAGCCGCGCUGGCCCGAGCGCCUCUUGCUCGGGCCGCCUCUGGGUCAGUGCCUCGGCGCAGGCGCGGGUCGCUGCGGCCCUGGCUCGGACCGCAUCUGGGCGGCUCCGACCGAACCUCGCAGCUCGUGCCGGGAAGCUCCCCAGUGGCCUUGCGCCCCAAUGGCGUCCUCGGAGAGCGGCUCGGAGAGCAUCCGCGAGGAGGUUGAGGCCCAGGUGAGGGCCGCCACGGCGGAGCUCCGGAGGCAGCUCUCGGCUCUGCAGGUGCAGGUGGCCGAGCUGCAGCGGCAGGCAGGGGCCGGGGCGGGGCAGCCGCCUGGGUGGGGCGCAGGCCGGGCGGGGCAGGCGUCCCAGAAGGAGGGCUCGGAGUUGGCCUGCAACCUUGUCCAAGGGCCAGAUGAGGAGACGGAGGAGGAGGUGGUGGAGGAGGGGGAGGAGGCGGCGCGGGAGAUGGAGGACGUGCCCGAGACGCUUUUCUCGUACUGUAUGGCGCAGCUGGUGAUAAAUCCCGAGAGUAUCGCCGAGCCGGUUGCCUAUUUGGCUCUCCAGUUCAGCAUUCAGCUCGGGCUGGCGAUGCCCUUCAUAACUGCGGCCGCCGGCAAGUUUUUCGACCUGUACUGGAAAGGGCAGGCGAUGACGCCCGAGUUGUGUUUAUACCACGAGAACGUGAUAAACGACCAUCCGUAUCAAGACGUGGUUGCCGCAAUGUGCUGUUUCUGCCUCGCCGCCGUUGCAAUGAUGGCUGAUGACAAAGAACGAUUGUCCAGCAUCUACCCGGACAGGUCCCAUUCUCUGCGUGUCCGCGCAGUGGUCACCGCGUGUUGGUCUUUGCAGGGUUUCAUCGUGCCUACGAUUAUAUUGACCUCGAUUCCUAUCCUGAUGGUUAACAGCAUGAAUGCCGUCGACGUAGUAUUGAAUGGCCUUGCCGUGCUGUUUAUUCUUGACGUCGAUGACAUGUUGUACGUAAUUGUGCCUUCGUCUCAUCGCGACAGGCUCAAGCAACAGUUCCUGACACAGAGCACGGCAUAUAGAUGGGUCAGAAUACAUUCAGCACGCCUGGAAGCCGAAGCUAUAGUCAUGGCCACCUACAAGUUUCUGUUUAUGGUAUUUUUCUACUUGCAAAUCGUGGUGUACACGUUGCCUUCGACUGGCCCAGCCUUGGCUGCAUCGUGGUUUACAGAAGACGACUUUGCUCAUUGCGUGAUUGAACAUAUACUUUGUUAUUGGAUGUUGCCAUUCAUUAGCACAUUCGCUUGGCAUCAGCCGACGGACGUUUAUGAUAUCAUUGCUACGAUCCGACGUGCAGUCUGCACAGCCGUCUUCGGCGUGUACUUGCCGUGUAUGUUGCUGUUGUACGGACACAGCAGAUGGAUUGGUCCACCUAGUCUGACGAACAGCCGCAGCAUCAUCGAAUGCUACAACAAAACGUACAAGGCGACUGGUCCACCAGGCGGCAUCGUGCUCCAGACGCCAUAAUUGACUGGCGUUCAGCGCCUGCAGUUGCUGCAGAUGCACGGGCAUGUUGACCGUAUGUUUCUCCUCGCUGCCCCCCCCCCCCCCCCGGCAUGCCCUCCCUCUCCAUUUCCCGCGCCGACGGGCCCGCGGCUCUGAUGUCUGGUGUGAUUAUCCUCCGGACUUUUCGCGCGCGCGUGCUUGCGUGGCACGUGGCCGCGAGCGGCCGACCCCGAAAAGUUGCUGCUCGGCCGAAGCUGGCUUCAGCCGCGCGAGCAGAAACUCAUUUAUGCUUGUGCGGUCCGUUCUUUCCCUGGACGCGUGAGUGCGGAAGUCAGAGCGUGAAUUACCUACCCAGGUUUCGCUUCCAGGCAAAACCAAGUCAUACCACGCGCCUCCUCG